AUGGUCUCCACUCUCCUGAUUCUCCUGCUUAUCGGACAACAUGCUGCUGUGAACGCGGUACCGGGAGAAAAGAUCGGUUUGCCAGAAGGACAGGAAUCCGGUCUGGCUGAAUAUCGAGUGGUAAUCAACGCAGGAUCACACGAAAGAACAGAUUUGUAUCCCCCGCCGUAUACUUUGAUUAUUAUACAAAAGAUGGCGUCCUGGACAUGGGCAAUCAUCGAACCAAUCACGGUUUCCCGCUUCAAGACCAUCCAGGAGGACCCGCCGAACAUUGCACUAUCACGCCCAGUACCAGAACAACUGUUCAAAGGGGAUCAACAUGCUUACAUAUAG